GCGCACCCUCCCAACCCCCGAGUUCCUUGAUGCUUCUGCUUUUCCGCUCUCUAGAAUCCAGUCGCGCAAUCACUUCACGAUCCGCCCGCCAUUACUUCUUCUAACUCACCAAGAGAACAGUAACAUUCACACUUGCACACGCAAAGCCGUUGCCUACGCCUGCAGAGCGCUUCUCCGCCUCCUUCGCUGAUCAGUGUCUGCCGAGACACGCCCGCAGCCCUCGCUGUCUGCCGCCGCAUUCACGGACAUGUCGUCGGCCGCCGUGCAGGCUAGCGGUCCAGCAUUGUCAAACCGUUCAUAUCAACAACAGCAAUCCCCCCAGCAGUACUAUCCACAACAGCAACAGUCACCCGUCGCUGCGUCACCCUCGUCGUCGAGAAAACCUUCGCGUCAUCACCAUAGUCAGAGCGGAAAUGGCGCGUCGCCGCACACACCGACAACUCCCCAGACACACCACUCCCCAGCCCCGUCCGCAGGCUCUGCACUAAACACUCCUCGCGCGCAACCACUUCCUCCUUCUACACACGCUUCGCCCGCCAUGAAUGCUCCUGCCACCUCUGCAGCCUCCGGAGGCCCCAUGCCACCUCCACGCACAUCCUCCCAUCGCGGCAAUAGCAGUCCUUCGGCUUCGCGAGCGCCCAUUUCAUCCACACAUACCAGCUCUAGCGAUAAGGACAGAACACGCGAUGAGAGCGCGCGGAGACGAGCCAAGGAGAGCCCCCGGCAACAGGGAAGUUCCAGCAGGUCGAAACACUCGCCCGGCCAACCUACUCACAGCCGUUCUGCUACCGCGGUGGGUCAGCCGCCCACAGGAACGAACCUGCCUCGUGAGGAGAGCACCGUGAUAAACAGAAUCGUAGUCACAGACCCCCAAGAAGACAUUUCCCGCGAAGCCGCAAGGCAAGCAGAAGCCAGGCCCGGAGCGUCCGCCUCCGACGUCACCCCUGUCACAGGAUUGGGCCUUGUUGGCAGUGAAGGUGUCGACGAUGGCGGCCGUGGAGCUGGAAAGAGCCGUCAGGACCACUCUGCUUCUACAAGGAAGUCCAAGUUUGGCAACUACAUCCUGGGCCAGACGCUUGGAGAGGGAGAAUUCGGCAAGGUCAAGAUGGGUUGGAAAAAGGACAGCAACGUGGAGGUCGCGAUCAAGUUAAUACGGAGAGAGACACUGGGCAGCAAUCAGAAUCGACUUCAAAAGAUCUACCGCGAGAUCCAAAUUCUCCGCGGCCUCGAUCACCCCAACAUUGUCCGUCUCCACGAAAUGGUCGAGACUGAGCGUCACAUCGGUAUCAUUCUGGAGUACGCUUCAGGCGGUGAAUUGUUCGACUACAUUCUCAACCACCGCUAUUUGAAGGAUGGAGCAGCACGCCGACUUUUCGCCCAAUUGAUAUCCGGUGUAGGCUAUCUCCACAAGAGGGGUAUCGUGCAUCGUGAUUUGAAGCUGGAAAACUUGUUGCUGGACAAAAACCGCAACAUCAUCAUUACCGAUUUUGGAUUUGCAAACACAUUCGAUGCGAACGACGAAUUGGGCGAGGAGAUCGAAUUUAAUCUUGGAAAUAAAGAGUUCAUCAGGUCAAUGGGCUUGGAGGGUACUGACGGUAAUAGAAGAGGAGACCUCAUGCAAACAAGUUGCGGCAGUCCUUGCUACGCAGCCCCGGAAUUGGUGGUUAGCGAUUCGCUAUACACAGGCCGCAAGGUCGAUGUUUGGAGUUGCGGUGUCAUUCUGUAUGCUAUGCUCGCGGGCUACCUGCCUUUUGACGACGAUCCGGACAAUCCUGAGGGUGAUAACAUCAACCUCUUGUACAAAUACAUUGUCUCGACCCCACUCACAUUCCCUGAAUACGUCACACCGCACGCCAGAGAUCUCCUGAAACGAAUCCUAGUUCCCGACCCAAGGAAGCGCGCUGAUUUGUUCGAAGUCGCCCGUCAUAGUUGGCUGAGCGAUUAUGCACAUAUCCUGUCCUUCAUAACAUCCAGCUCGACCUCCUCCAACGAUGUCACCAAGUCGGCUGCUUAUCCAAAAGAUCCAUUCGAUACCCCCUCCCUCGCCCGAAGCGCAUCGGUUCGCGAACCCGGCAAACCACAUACUUCGGUCACACCCAUCGGCGGACUUACAGCGAAACGAGACCAGAUCAACCGCACAGACGCCGAGAAACCCAAGACGAGCCGCGACAACAAGCGACGAACAGUGCAGGUCGAAUAUGUCGCCCCUCAAUCACAAACUGCUCGUGGGGAAGCUUCACCACCCGCUGCAACUUCAUCGAAGUCGAGGCCUCGCGACCAAGGUCCCACGGAAGUUCUUCCUACAGAUGGCUACCAAUCGUCCUCGGGCGCUCGACCAAACCGAUCGACAGCGGCGGCAACAAGCGGCCCUUCACGGCCUACACACGGCGCGCAGAGAUCUGUAUCGGAUUAUACAGCCUUCGGCGCUGCUUCUGCUACAUCUACAGCUCGGCCAUCCACAGGGGGCUCUCGAUUGCCAUCUCGCGGCAACUCGUAUGGACAACCGGUGGCGGCCACGGUCGCGCCUACGAACGUUGAAGGUCGCUUCUCCCAACCCAAGGGUAAGACUUAUUCCAUUUCGGGCCCUGUGAAUGACACAGACGGACGCAUGGGCGAACCCUCGAUUGGACGACCCAGCACGCAGAGGGUGGCAACUAUUCAGGCGGAUGCUCAGAAUGUCAACCAGAAGGGACACCGACGCUCCAACACGGUUAGUGAAACCCUCGGCAGGGUGACGUCGAUGUUCAGUGGCCGCCAGCCAUCGGACUCUUCUCAGACUCCUAGCCACAACUCGAACAAGAUCCAGAAGUCGUAUCCCCCUACAAGCAUGCCAAGUCCAUUGGCUAAUGAAGAGGCGCCGCGACAGUCAAGCGAAUCAUCUCGACGAUCAUUUGGGUUCAGUCGGAAAAAUACCGAUCAAUCGGGUGCACAGAAGUCAGGCCGAAGGUUCUCUCUGCUGCCCUCGUCACUCUCGAAGACUUUCUCGAACAACAAGGAGAGUGCAUCGGCCACCGAACGGAGGAAUUCUGUUGCACCUGCUUCCAGGAGCCGCGCCGCCUCGAAAGGUAUGGCCUUCGGGCGAGGAGGCGAGAGUCGUUCUCCCAGCCAGAGCACACAAGGAAGUCGGGCCCACAACUUCUACGAUGGUGGUCAUGAGAGCAAUUCUCGCAUUCGUGCAGGACCAGCAUCCGCACCACCACAGCAAACACAGUUCGAGUACCCGCCUCCGAUAGGCGAUGAGAAGAUCCCCAACCCAGCAGGUCCUCAUCCGUCCGCCCAUGGCUACCGAGAGAAGCCUUAUCGCCACGCGAACAACUCGGAAGCUUCAGAGCCCGUCGUCCCAACCAGUCAGCAGCGAGGACAAUACCCAGCCGGGUUCAACAGCACAGAGGCAAUGCCUCCACCAUCGAACGCACGGGAUCGCCCGAGUGUUCUCCAGAAGAAUCGGAAAUUUGCAGAUGCGUACGAGGACAAGCAAGGACAUUCAGGAAGUUCUGGAUCCGCGAAGCGCGUGAUGGAUCUUUUCAGGCGAAUCGGAAGACAGAGGACGAAGGAGGAGCGGUGACGGUGAAAAGAGAAAUCAUCAAUUGAGCGUUCGAGCAUUGAAAGCGAUAUCUAGCACGGGUUAGUUUUGCACGUCAUUGAAAGCAGAGCAAGGAAUCAGCAUCGAGAAAAGUGCGAACCCAAAGUCCGAGG